AUGCGGGUGGUAAAGUUGCUCGCCAUUCUGGGUGUCGCUUUGUGCAAGGCUGCUGCUGAGGGUUGUGGCCUUUCCUCAUAUUUUAUCAAGCAUGAUACUCAUGAUCAUGUUCGCAACGGUCAAUCGCAAUCUGGCAUUGUCCAUCCGGCGUCUAAACGUGCCGGCGGUGUUUCCACUACAGCCGAUCUGAAGUCUCAGGGUUCCUCUCCCUCCAGAAUACCAUCGAUGAUUCUUCCAAGCGAUCGUGACAUCAACGGCUGCUGUUUCAACCACUCAGCUCCCAGUGGCAUCGAUAUCUUCGAAGCCGAAUCAACCUACCCGCAGCCGAUCAUGGCUCGUCUCUCCUUUUCAGUCCCAAGCUACUCAGUUACAUUCCACUCGGGAAACCCGUACCCCGGCACUAUCUCCAUUGCCUGUAUUGCCGACGGAUGCAAGCACAGUCCAGGGAAUCUCUCCAUGGGCAACUUCCACCUUCUAUACUACUCGCAUCGUCACUGUGAUAAGUUGUGCAGCCACCGUGACCGACUGUCCUGCCCACUCUACGAGUUUACUCACUUCCACGAUGGCUAUCUCAUCAACUAUAUACACCGUGACCACUACAAAUUUAUCCACUAG